GGUGGGGUUCCUCCCCGCUCAGCAGGGCCUCUCUGUUCACAGCCUAGAGGUACCUUCGUUUUUCUAAAAGAUUUGGAUUGAAUUUUAGCUCUUCACUGACAUUUUCAAGAUUUUGAAAAUGAUUGCUUUUCCUUAUAAGAAGGUGACUUAACAAACAAAAACCCUACUGUUGGGUGUGGCCAAAUGUCCUUCCAGUGUUUAUGUAGCUCUGGCUUAGUCCUGUCACUUCUAAGUCCUUUGCAAAACAAAACCCUGCUGUGUUCCUGAAAAUCCUUUUGCCUGGAGCUGUGACAUUAGCUUGGCUUGUGACACCACCUCCUCUUGUGAUGGGAGCUGAGACAUCUGUGGGCAGAGCCUGUGCCCCACCACCGGGAGAUCUCUGAAAUACCUGGGGAGACUUUCUCAAGACAAGGAGUCUCCCUGUCAGAGUCCCCGGGCCCUUGGUAUCUCCCAUUCUCUCUGUCUCGAAGAAGAGAGCCCCAGGGAAGCAGGGGCAAGUGUCCUCUAAUCGGAACCAGAAUUUUUGGUGAGAGACUCAGAGUGAGCCGCAGACCUGGCAGGCAGGCAGUCACCCGCAGUGCACCCCUUUACCUCCCUGGUAUCCAUGCAUGGUCACACAGUUGGGCUACAGGCUGGUGGUGCCAGAGCCCAGGUGGCUCUCCCCAGCGUCUGUGGGGGAUGGCAGGGUGCCCCAUCCCUGCUGCCCGGCACUGUGGACUCAGUCUGGCCUCCCCUCGAUCCCCUGCUGGUCUCGCUGUUAGUGUGGCCACAGGCAUUGUGGACGUGAACUAGACCACCUGCCUGAUGUUCCCGCCAGGUCAUUACCUGUUCACUGGAAGGAGGGGACUGAGGGAGGUGGGGUGUUGAUGGCAGUGGGAGCUCACCUGGACCCUGGAGAAGCAGGCAGAAGGCACGUCCCCCAUUGUGGGCCAGAGAAGCCUGUGGCGGGCCUCCCCCCACAGUGACACUUGUCUGUGAGACACAGGCUUAGUUGUGACCAUGUCUGGAGGGACACCACCACUGCGGGAAGCUCAGCGACACCGAGUGGAGGGACCGGGUCGUCGGUGCGCCGCCGGCCCUGCCUGGGCUGUGAAGACGAGCUGGGGGCUCAAGAGCUUUCCUGCCUCGUGCCACAGCAUGGUGAUGCUCAUCCUCCAGCCACAGGGGGUGGUCAGCGUCCCUGGAUUUGCCAUUACCACUGAGCUCGCUCCAAGCCCGUGGGACCACAUGCAGCAUUAGUUUAACCGCACUGGGUGAACGCAGGGGACCCCUGAGGCCAGCUGAGGUGAGGCUGGACAGCGCGCCUGACCCGACGCCAGCCCUGCGUAACUUGUGGACGACACGUGCUCUCCCUGCUUGUUAGUGUGCGGCUGGUUUCUUCCCGGGGCUGUGUGUCCUAGACUGUGACUUGAACUUGGAGCUUACCUAAAAAGACCUUGGCUCAGCCAGGAAGGGGCCUGCGCAGGGAAGAGGACGCCCUCCAGCCACUGGAAAGUGGGGUUAGAGACCCCAGCAUCGCCCUGACUUCCUGAGGGUGAGGAGGCUGGAGUGGAGCUCAGCACUCAGCUGCAUUCUUUUAAACCUGGGGGGUUAAUUAACCUUUACAGCAAUCAUUUUCCAGAACCAUAAAUCAGACUUUUAUAGACACUUUACUGGAACUGGACAAGUAAUGGUGAAAAGUUCAAUCCUGUUAGGUUAAAUGAUACCGUUAAUUGGCCAAGAAGCUUGAAAUAAAUUUUGGUCCACUGUAUGUAGAAACUUGAUGAUUUCACAAGUUUUUUUAAGCUUGUGGUACUAGAAAUAGGCUUAUGAGCCAGUGUGAGGAGUGGGCACGCGACCUGACUUCUGCUCCCUGUGGGCGCCCCUGGUGGCCUCCCUGCCUCCCAGCUGGCUCUCUCUGCCCCUGUGUUCAGUUGGGGGUGGCCAAUGUCCUGAAAGCGGGCGAUUGGCAUUUGGUUCGGAGCGGUUUUCUCCUUUGUGUGAUGGGGUCCAGACAGGUGGGAGAGGCAGGAGGAGGGGAGGGGACAAGCUGAAUGAGGCAGAUACCCUGAAGCUAAAGCUUUGAAACAGUUUGUUUUUUAGUUGAUGAAAUAGACUGUCUCCCUUUUGUGCUGCACUGAAUGCCGUCCAUCUGCUGGGAUGCUUGCAGUGACUGCUGGCGCCUGUGUAACCGAAAUUCUCCCUCAUCUGCCUCCUUCACCAGCCUUCCCGCCUCGCCUCGCACAGGCCGGCCAUCUUACAAAGACAGACAAAGGCGGUGUGAGGCGUCCGCGUGCCCUGCACCAGGCCGCCCUGGAGUGGAGCCCUGCGGACUCAGGAAUCCCUGGGGGCUGGGCGGGGGCUGGCCCUGUGCGUGCCCCAGUGCCUCUGACUUGUGCUCUGUGUUCAUUUGUGCGCGUCUUGGAACAUGUUCUGAGGGCUUCCCUUGCCCACAAGUCCUGGGGUAGGUGUGGAACGAGACGGGGAAGGCCCCUGUCUGCCUGGAGCCUGUACUUCGGAGGGGAGGCACAGACAACGAAUGGAAAAACAAGCAACAUGAGGCAGUUAACUGGCGGCGAUGGGUCCUAGGAAGGCGAGCAGGACGGUUGGAUCGGCACCGGGCAGUGCAGGGAGGGCUCGGGGCCACUGAGUGCAUGCUCACUGCAUGGAGGGGCAGCAGGUGCGAAGGCCCAAGAUAAGCAGUACUGUCCACAUUGGAGGGUGGAAAGGGGCCACAGCUGCUCCAGCUCUGGCAGGGAUCAGUGGCUCCAGGCUCUCUAGCCGGUAAGCCGUGCUCCGGACUCACCUCCUGGGGUGGGACAGGUCGGGAUCUGUGGUGUCGCUGGCGUGUUGUUUCCAGGGCGUAGCUGCCUUCCUGUUCCGGGCCAGCCCCUGCCCGGCGGGCUGGUUCUCUUCUACACCCAGCUGUAAGAGACACUGUUUAAAACUUGGAGCAGUGGCAGAGAGGUGGCCUCUCAGUGGCACGCUGGGCAUUGUCCCACAGGCUCCCCAAGUGCUUGUUCCCCAGGGGGUGAACCUGUUCAGUCUCUGUGAAUUCUGGGCUCGGGCUAGGGCUGCUUUUAACUCACAGACCUCUUCUGCCGGGGACGCCGGGCCCGCGAUCUGGUGGGAAGAAGGGAUAAAAUAAAAAUGUCUAGAGGACAAGGAUAAUGUGUUUUUCAAAAAAAUUGAUUCUCUGUAUAUUUAAAAAGGCCAAAUGUCAUGCGGGGGCUUUUUAAGAAGUUGUCUGAGGAAACAGUGGCUUUAUUCCACACGUGGCCGUCUGAGGGUCAGAGGAGCACACGUUUGGGCUGCGGCGUCGGAGGUGGACUGAGUUUGAAGAGACGAGUGUCUCGGUCCGGAGGCGGCAGGACAAGGGGAGAUGCCGUUAAGGCUCGGCCCCCGUGAACGUGCAAGCCGGACCCCCUCCUGCUGGUGUCUGCCCUGCGGGCCCGGAGCCGCUGGGCUGGCUGAACAGUGGACGGUUCCUGAGUCUCCUCACCCGUAGCAUCCUGCCCGUUUCACCAGACGGACUCCCACCGCUCGUGCCUUGACUGGGCCGCCGCCAUCCGUGUUGCCGCCCUGGACUGUGCGGAGGAGAAGAACCACGAGGUGUGCCGCGCCUAUGACAUCCACUUCUACCCCACCUUCCGGUAUUUUAAAGCAUUUACGAAGGACUUUACAAUUGGAGAAAACUUUAAAGGGCCCGACAGAGAGCUGCAGACAGUGAGACAGACAAUGAUUGACUUCCUGCAGAACCACACGGAUGGAAACAGGCCUCCCGCCUGCCCGUCUCUGGACCCCAUUAGGCCCAGCGACAUUCUCUCCCUCAUUGACAACCCCGGCGGCCGUUACGUGGCAGUUCUGUUUGAAGGCAACAGCUCCUACGUCGGACGUGAGGUGGCUUUAGACCUGAUUCCGUACGAGAAUGUCGUGGUGAAGAGAGCGCUGAAUUCGGAUAGAGCCUUCCUGGGGCAACUCGGUGUUUCUUCUGUUCCCUCCUGUUACUUGAUUUACCCGAACGGGUCACACGGACUGGUUACCGUUGGGAAGCCGCUCCGAUCGUUUUUUUCCUCUUAUUUGAAGUCGUUGCCAGAUGUGAGGAAAAAAUCGCUUUCGCUGCCUGAAAAACCAAGCAAAGAAGAAAACCCUGAAGCCGCGGUGUGGAGGGAAUUCGACAGGUCAAAGCUGUACACGGCGGACCUGGAGUCGGGGCUGCACCAGCUCCUGAGGGUGGAGCUGGCCGCCCACAAGUCCCUGGCUGGGGCUGAGCUGCAGACACUGAAGGAUUUUGUCACUGUCCUGGCCAAGCUGUUCCCUGGGCGGCCGCCGGUCAGGAAGCUGCUGGAGACGCUGCAGGAGUGGCUGGCCACCCUCCCCCUGGACAGGAUCCCCUACAACGCCGUCCUGGACCUGGUGAACAACAAGAUGCGGAUCUCUGGAAUACUCCUUGCUAGCCGCAUAAAGUGGGUCGGAUGUCAGGGAAGCUGGCCGGAGCUGAGGGGCUACCCGUGCGCACUCUGGAAGCUGUUCCACACUUUGACCGUUCAGGCCGGGGCCCACCCAAAAGCGCUGGACGGCACAGGUUUUGAAGAUGACCCCCAGGCAGUGCUGCAGACCAUCAGGAGGUACGUCCACCUCUUCUUUGGGUGUAAAGAGUGUGGGAAGCACUUUGAGGAAAUGGCCAAAGAAUCGCUGGAUUCCGUGAAAACCCGAGACCAAGCAAUUCUCUGGCUUUGGAAGAAACAUAACCUGGUCAACAGUCGCCUGGCAGGCCAUCCCAGUGAGGACCCCAAGUUUCCAAAGCUCCCAUGGCCCACCCCGGACCUCUGCCCAGACUGCCAUGAGGAAAUUAAGGGCCUGAACAGCUGGAACGAAGGCCAGGUUCUCCUGUUCUUGAAGCAGCACUAUAGCAGCCACAACCUGGUGGACAUGUACGCUGCGGACCUGGGAGACGCCGGCGAAGGUGCCCCGGCCAGGGGCGAGGAGCGGGAGGGGGGCCACGCUUCCCCGGAGCAGCCCCUUGGAGAGCGAGGUGCCGAGAGUCUCCGCCCACCCAGCGUGCAACCCCCCAGACUCCACCUGUCGGAGGGGUCGCACCAGGGACUGGCCGCGAAGCUGGAGAGUCUGAGCGCGGCCGAGAGCCGUGCAGAGGCGGCUGCGGCCUUUCUCGGGAUGGGCUUCUCCAGCCUGGACAUGAGCCUCUGUGUUGUGCUUUACGUGGCCUCGUCCUUGUUUCUGAUGGUCAUGUACUUUUUCUUCCGGGUGCGGUCCAAGCGGUGGAAAGUCAGGCAUCACCACCUGUCCGUGUAGGACUUCGGAGACCACGGAAGCGCCUUCAGAAAAACCCGCAGCUUUACUCUUAAGAUCAGGGAUUCUAUCAGCGUCGGACCCAGUGUCACACUGACAGCGCCUUCCGCUUCCAUGUCUCACUCUCAGACGCCCUUCCUGCAGGGGUGCGCCUGGCACAUGGCAUGGGGCUGUUGGCAUUCCUGUCACCCUCCGUGGGCACCUUUCACAGACCCCAGAGCAAAGACGUCUCUGUUUUUACUCUUCUAGGUUUAAAAAUGGAAGUAGGAGUCCAGGCCCCACGAACAGGACUUUUCCCAGCUACCUUCGCCUCAAGUCAGUAGACCCCAGGCCUCGCUUUGGGACUUGGAGAAAACCCACUUUCUUUCCCCACCAGGGGCCCUUUCAGACGCCUCCCCUUCCUGGCUGCUCCUUGAAGCCAGUGGUUCUCAGUGAUUCACUCGUGCUUGUGCUUUUCAGCUGCUUGGUUGUUCCUGCUCGAAGCAAGAGAACAUCUCAGUGGGCGCCGAGGCUGCUCAGGACCAGAGAAGAGGAGACCCUGAGUGGUCUCCAUUCUCUGCAGACAUGGAGAUGGGAGUGUGAAGGGGAAGGAAGAGCCCAUGGGCUUGUGGGACAGGGUGGUGGUCCCUUUCAGUCUGCAGAAGCGCUGCCUUUGUUUGUUAAUCUGGUGUCAGGGGAGCUAUAAGUGAAUCCAGUCUUCGGUCCAGGGGGCAGACCUGCCAUAGGUGCUGUGACUGAAGGUCUGUCCGUGGGAGGGUGUGUGUGUCGGGCGGUCUGGUCCUUUGGGAUCUCUAAAGGGGCCCUUGGUUCUGUGUCGUUCGUCCAAGUCCCUGCAAGGGAGCUCGGUGAGGUGGGAGCCGGCGGCUCCCGGAGGGGCAGACUGUGGUCUUGCUGGUGCCCUUAAGGCCAAACUUCGUUUGCCUGAAGCUCUUUUACCAAGAGUCCUGGCACUGGGCCCUGGUCCCCUAGGCUUGGAUGAUUAACUUUUCUAACAUUUAAUGGUUUUUAACACGUUAUUUGUAAAAUCCCAAACAUUUAAAAGUAAAUCUGCCUCUGAAAAGGUAAACAAAGAAACAGACUAUGGCUAGGAACAUUUCCAUUGAGAUCCUCUGUGGCUGUUGAUUUGUCUCACAAGCUCAGAUGUACCCACUCGCCUAUGGGCAUGUGUGUGUGUAACUGUGCGUGUGUGUGUGUGUAUGUGUGUGUGUGUGUGUGUGACUAUGAUGGUCCUAUAUAUUAAGUGUUUCCCAUUCUGCCUAUUCCAUACUCCAGGUGUUUACCAAGUCCAGCUGUCCACACGGAGUAUUAAGUGACCGCUGUAAUACUGGUGUUACCGUGGCAGCUGGGGGAAAGUGGACAGCUUCAUGGUCACCUUCAGUGGGAAGCGUGGCAGUGAGCAGCCUCCGUGGGUGAUGUGGCCUGGAGGCCUUCCGUGCAGGGGAUUCGCUCCUGAGUCUGCUGCAUCACUUCUCUGCCACGAGAGGUCUCUUGUUUGGCAUUUUUUUAACCCCUAGAAGCCUAUCUGUCUUAAAGCCCAGGAGCUUGUCUUCAUGGCUAAGUUGUGUGCCUGGGUUAUUGAAGGCACCUGUUGCUUUUCAACUUGAGAAAACUGGGCAGAUUUACCGAGUCCAAAGGGAAAUACUUAGAAUUGUUCAUGAAACUGCCUUCUGGUUUGUAUCGAAUGUCUUUUUCUCCCCUAAAGUAAGUUUCUUUCCACAUGAGAACUGGGGCAGUGUUGCAGUGUAUCUUGUCACUUUACAAAACCCAGCUGAAGGGCGAUGUUGGCUUUUGAAGUUUGUGAUAGUAUUACAGUUUGAGGGGCACGGUUUUCAUAGGCUGUUCGUGGUCAGGGAGAGGAUGUGCCAAGGUGGCCAUGAACCUGUGUCUCUUGUAUGACUGUGAGCACAGUCUCGCGUGGCCUGCCCAGCACUGGAUGCUCCCUCUAGGCAAGGGUUAAGUUCUGUUUUCUAAAGUUGUAAGUAUUGAGACUAAUGAAUAUAAUAGUUUGGUAAUUUAAAUGUAUAUUUAUUUUUAAUGGAAGGAUUUCAAUUCGAAAGAGGCUGAUUGACAUGGAACUGUCAGGGAAAUUUGUUAACCUGCAAGGAAAGUGAACAUUUUAUAUUUUAAAGUAAACUAUAAUGUGCACAUUUUAAAAAUAAAUAAAUCUGUUGUUUGAGAAAA